AGGAAACUUUCUUUGAGUAAAAAUUAGAGGGCUGCAGUGAAUGUAAUAGUCAUGUUGCAUAAGGCUGACUUUUUCAUCUCUCCUGAAUAUUCUUGCCUUUGCUGCGAUCUCAUGGUACUCUUUGGAGGUUGAGUAGACAUCAGAAUUGUGUUAGAUUAAUGUUGCUUUAAUGUAGGCUUACAGAUUGUGACAUAGAAAUGUAAAUCAUUUUACUUUCAUUUUUUUUUCUGGUUAAAGUGAAAGUAAUGUCUCUGUUUCUCUUAUCUCAAAAGCAAUCCAAUAUGAAACAAGAAUCACCUGAUGACAGAACAUGUUAAAAGGGGGAGGAGGUUGUAUCUCAGAACUUGUAUUGUUGGAGCAGCUGGUAUAACUGGAAAAACUAAACCCAUUUAUUUUGCCUGCAAGCCUUAUCUUGAUAUGUUGUCUUUCAAAUUGUAUAUGAAAUAAUCUUGAAUAAAUACAAGGAAGAAUUUCCAGCUGACUUGCUUGCACCGUGACUUGUGACUGAGAUGCUGUUCUGUGUUUUUUUGGCAUUCUUGCUAUUCUUUUUUUUCUACUUAUUGGUGGUGGAGGGGAGAGACAGGCUGUGUGUUUUCCUCCUGGAGCAGCCAGAACAGCAAUACUUCUGUUUUGCAAUGAUUUGGCAAUUCUUUGGCCUAUAAUAUUCUUUUCCUUAAUUGUCAGUGCAGUAAAAGUUUGAGAGUUUCACAUGAUUUUCUCUUCUUGGGCGGAGCUUGUAAUGUGGAAAUAAUCUGCACAAAGAAACAUUUGAUGCUGUCCAAAUAAGCUUGCAGAUGAAGCAUCAAUGGUGCAGUUUUAUUUCCUGCCCUCAGAAGUUGCUUGUUGCCUGCUCAGAAGAGGAGAGUUGGACAGGCUGCUGAGCCUGUUGGCUUUAGUGCAGUCAGCUGUCUGAACAUGCACUGAAGGCUACACAGUGAGACUGCUUUUGAUAUCUUUUUGAUAUCAUAAAUUGAAGUGGUGGCUCUUCUUACAUGAUCUAGGGUACUGCAGCAUUUUAAAAUCAAAGUACAAUGUCAUGACAAGAAAAAUUUUAAUGUUUGUUUUUCAGAAGAUCUUGUAACUGGCUGAGAAAUGGUUCUGCAAGAUGACAGCACCAACUCUAAGACUGUUGGAAUGGAGACUAUCUUCACUUCAACAUGAAGUGUGAAGUUUGUUAGUCACCACUUUUGUUUCUUUUUUACAGUUAUUGUGGAAGGUUCCAAAUGUUGUGGGUUUUUAUCAUGAACCGGAUGAGCUCCCAGAGCAGCUCAUCUGCUCAGCGCAGGCGAAUGGCUCUAGGAAUUGUCAUUCUCCUCCUGGUUGAUGUCAUCUGGGUGGCCUCUUCAGAACUCACUUCUUAUGUUUUUACAAGGUACAACAAACCCUUUUUCAGUACAUUUGCAAAAACAUCCAUGUUUGUUCUGUACCUCUUCGGAUUUAUUGUUUGGAAGCCAUGGAGGCAGCAGUGUACUCGUGGGUUUCGUGGGAGGCAUGCAGCUUUUUUUGCAGAUGCUGAAGGUUAUUUUGCUGCUUGUACAACAGAUAGCACUGUGAACAGUUCUCUGAGUGAACCUUUAUAUGUUCCUGUAAAGUUUCAUGAUUUGCCAACUGAAAAAAAUGGCAGUAAUAGUAGUGAUGCAGAGAAAACACCCAAGAAGCCUCGUGUGAGGUUCAGUAACAUCAUGGAGAUCCGGCAGCUCCCAUCCAGCCACGCUUUGGAGGCAAAGCUGUCCCGCAUGUCAUAUCCAAACGUGAAGGAGCAGGAAUCCAUCUUAAAAACUGUAGGAAAACUCACUGCAAGUCAAGUAGCUAAAAUUAGCUUUUUCUUUUGCUUCGUGUGGUUCUUGGCAAAUUUCUCAUACCAAGAAGCUCUGUCAGAUACCCAAGUGGCCAUAGUUAAUAUCUUGUCAUCAACCUCUGGGCUUUUUACAUUAAUCUUAGCUGCAGUCUUUCCCAGUAACAGUGGAGAUCGGUUUACCCUGUCCAAAUUAUUAGCUGUUAUUUUAAGCAUUGGUGGUGUGGUACUUGUUAACCUUUCUGGAUCUGAAAAAUCUGCUGGAAAAGAUACCAUAGGUUCCAUUUGGUCUCUUGUAGGAGCAAUGCUGUAUGCUGUCUACAUAGUAAUGAUAAAAAGGAAAGUAGAUAGAGAAGAUAAACUUGACAUACCAAUGUUCUUUGGUUUUGUAGGACUGUUUAAUCUGUUGCUGCUGUGGCCAGGGUUCUUCCUGCUUCACUAUACUGGGUUUGAAGCAUUUGAGUUUCCCAAUAAACUGAUAUGGAUGUGCAUUGUCAUAAAUGGCCUUAUUGGAACAGUUUUGUCAGAGUUUCUCUGGCUGUGGGGCUGCUUUCUUACCUCAUCACUGAUAGGCACACUUGCCCUAAGCCUUACAAUACCUCUGUCCAUAAUAGCUGACAUGUGCAUGCAAAAGGUGCAGUUUUCCUGGUUAUUUUUUGCAGGAGCAGUACCAGUGUUUUUUUCAUUUUUCAUUGCAACUCUCUUGUGUCACUAUAACAACUGGGAUCCAGUGAUGGUGGGAGUCAGAAGAAUUUUUGCCUUUAUUUGUAGAAAACAUCGAAUUCAGAGAAUGCCAGAAGAAAGUGAGCAGUGUGAAAGCCUCAUCCCUAUGCAUAGUGUUUCACAGGAUGGAGAUGGAUGCAGUUCAUAGUCAAAAGUUUAAAAAUGGAACGAUGCCCAGCGAAGAGACAAUCUUCUGGAAAAGUCCCUAAGGAGUCAUGUUUCAGUGCCUGUUCUGAAUUUGUAGUAAAAAUAAGAAGUUUCAGUUCUUUUGAAACUCUAAACUUUUUCUCUUUCUUGCUUUCAUCUGAUUUUAUAAAUGAACAGAUCUACUACAUGCCUGUCACCAUAGGAGUCUUAGUCCAUCUGAGCAACCAACCUGCCUUAUAACACUUAACCUGGUGACAUUACUUGACAAAAUCAAGAAAGCAAAUGCUGUUAAGUGAUUUCUUUCUUUUUUUAAGUCACAAUUUUGUUAAAUGCUGGACAAUAUUAUUUUUAAAAGAUACUCUAAAGUGAGUUAUGUAAAUAAGUUUGCAGGUCAUCAAGUCUUACACGCUUUCAGAUGAAAAGCUAAAGAGAUAUGUUACCUGUAGUAGGUACAAAUUAAAUUUUUUAUGUUGUAUAAACUCUUUGCAUAUUAAUAGAUGAAAAUGGAAAAGUAAUUUAUUAAGAGCAUUCCUAUAAUUGAGGCAGGAUCUUUGUAUGGUCCUGGAACACUACAUAUAUAAUGUUUUAGGCCAUUUUUAGUAGCCUUGUAAUGGCAAUGGGUGCUGAUGUUUAAAAAUAAAAAAAAACACCCAACAAUUAGGAAUGCUUAAAAUUUCAGUGAAUGGUAAAAUACUAUUGGGGAUACAUUCUUAUACCAUCUUGACCAUUCUCAAUCCCAGUUGUCUCUCAGAUAUGAAAAUUUUCAGGUGUAGCUGCCACAUUGUGAAAGAGAUCAAAUUAAUAGUGAAAGUUUUCAGUCAGUGGGUUGGCACUACACUAAUCUGCUAAGCAAUAUGAAGAGGAAAGGUUUGCAUUGAUUUUUCUUUCCCCCAGCUGUAUUAAUAAAUUUAUUCUAAAACUGAUAAUUAUCUUUCUUCCACUGUAGUGCUUAAUCCUUUUGAAUCCAGAGAAGCUAUUAUAAUUAUAUUCAGGAAUAUUAGAAAUUAGUCAAUGCCAUUUUUCAGUUCCUGGCCUAUGAGACACUUAGAUCAAAGUUAAUUUUGGCUUUUGAUGGAUUUGAGUUUUUUAUAAUGAAUGUAAGAUGGAUUUUUAGCCAGCAGUAUUUUCUUCCACAUAACAAAGUUAUUAAUAAUGUAGGGUAUUUCUACUGUCCCUCCACACAAAUACAGAAGGGUUCAUAGCAGAAAUGCCUCUUCGUGUUUUGGCACUCAGUAAUGAUCCUUCCAAAAGCAAUUUUGGUGUUUUGGUAAUAAAACUAUUAUUUAAGAGGGAAUGCAGGAAAGCAGCAUGCUUAAGCUCUACAUUUAUAGAAGAAUUUGAGCCAGCAGCUGGAAUUUAAUACAAGAGCUGUGUGUAGAGUAGGAAGACAAAAUGAACCUGGGGCUAUUCAGUUCAAGUAUUUAACCUUUAUCAAGUUUUUCUUUCUUGUUUUUAAUACUGGAUUGCACUCCAAGCUUUGGUGAUCUGAGGCAUCUCUUUAAGAUGAGAUAGUAAGUCUUUCUUGGACCCUAAAUAAGAAUUAAAAUAAAGCAAAACCAACCACAAAAAAAAAAAAAUCACAAACUCAAAAGAGACAAGAAAGUCAAUUAAAUUUCACAGUUAAAUUUCCAAACCCCACAAGUAGAGAGGUUGAAAAUGCAGUAUGUUGAACUGAUUUUAUUUUGGUAGAAUUUUCAGGCAUUUUUUGACUAGUGGAGUUUCCUUAGGUUUUGGAUUUGUCCUUCAAAAUGAAGACAAAUUUAGAGGAUGUUUGCUUUAACUUUUUCCAAGAAGUACUGUUAAUGCCUACUCACAAUAAAAAAAAAGUCUUUUUUCAGUUAAUUAAAUGUUUCAAUGAGAUCCUACAGAAUAUUUAAUACUAGACAUUAACUCCAAAUUUCAAUCAGCUGGGAUUUGUGACAUCAGUGCAUUAAGCCUGGGAAAACUGAGUUUGCUUUCAGAUGGGCAAAGACAGUAUUUGUAGCAAAAUUUUCUAUGACUGUUUUUUGCAAUUGGUCAUGCAAACUGGAUUUGAUCUGUAAUACCAAAUAUGCAGUUGCUAUUUAUAUUUGCCCUUAUGUUCAUGGCUUAAAGUCAAAGAUCAUCAUAGCCUCGCAUGUAUAUGACUAUUAAUUUUCAUUAUUCAUUAGUUUGACAGGUUAAGAAAAGAAGAACUAAGAGAAUAUUCUUCUGUCUCUGACCCCAGGAAUGUUGAAGAACAUUCAGUAAAUUCAAAGUCAGGGCUUUCCAAAUGUUCUUCACAAAAAUGUGUUACUUCUUUUAAUAAGAUAUGAAAUAUUUUUAUCUCGUGGCACUAGGUAGCUUAAGCUGUGUUUUUGCAUUAAAUUACAGUUCUUUAAAUAGUAGGAACAAAAUAAACUGUCCUUGCUGAAAGGAUUUUUAAACAGUGAAGCCCCUGUAAAUACAGGAAACAUGUUACACUUUUAAUUACAGAAGCUAUGACAUAUAACAUUGUUCUUGCAUUUAAUAGAAUGUGAUGGAGUUUUUUCUACAAAACCUUGUGAUUUUUAGUACAAUGAUAUUUUAUAAAUAUAAAUGUCUGAUUUGAAAUGUAAAUUGCAUAGCUCUCUAAUGGAUGUUUGGUAAAUGCACAAGAGAUUUAGCUUUGAUUCUCAGGUACCUCGGACACAAUGGAGACGUGCUGGGUUUUUCUUCCCCAUGACACAACUGGAAUGUGAAGGAGUUCUCUCAUGAAUGCUUUGUGUGGUAGGGUAUAUUGUCAUUGCUCUUCCUGUUUCAAUUUGGGGAUAGCUUCAUUCUGACUUACGUCUUGUAGGAACAACAUAUGCUUUAGAAAAAUAAUGUUGAGCAUUUCUUUGAUUGUCACUCAAUGGUUAAGGAACAGUGAUUUCCCAGGCCUGCAGGAUGGGGAAUGAAUACUAUGUGUUGCUCUGUCAAACAGUUGAACUAAUUCCUGUAAUCCUUUGAGGCAACCAACAAUUUCUUCUGUGUGCAAUUGAGGUUUUGGGGCUGUUUGGUUUUUAUAGAUGAAGGAAAUUAUGAUAAUUUGCCAAAAGCUUACAGAGCAUGCCUUUUCUUUUAGGGGUUUGGUGAGUCUUGCCUAGUUUGAUAAGCAGUGUGUUGCACUUCAAAGGCAGAAAAGGAUUUCAGUUUUUCUGGCCACUUUGUGUUGGGUUUCAGUCAUGCUGAAAAUGUGUUCCUUUACAAGGGGCUGCUGCAGAUGUAGUGUUGGUUCAGCAAGGGCUGGAAAUGCCACAUCUGUAACAAAGUCUGGGGCACAUGAAUGCUCCUGAAGGCACUGAGGCCUCGCUCCUUGGCUUUCCCAGUCUUCACUGCAUCCUGCUCCUUGGCUUCUGCCUCUGAGAGUGGCUGUAAGGGGUAGGGGCUGUAGGACAGGACUGGUCUGGCUGGGCUGCAGGGGCUGCACACAGACUCAGAAGCAGGAGGCUGUUGUUCAGCCUGGGGAACUGCAGAUGAUCCUUGGUUUACUCAUGGCAGACCUCCUUGGAAUGUACUAACAAAAACAGGAGGGCCUGCAAAUUGCUUUUCUUGGUGUGUGCUGCUGUAUUUUGUCAUUCCUGUCACAAUACUCCUGCCUAGGUAUUGCUGUUCACAGCUGUGAUGGCUUUAAAUAUGGUGGCAAAACGAUUUAUUUGUAAUUCUUAGCUCCAUUUCUCUUAAUGUUGAAUGUUGUCUUUCCUAUUCCCUACUGAAGAUCCUCCUGUCUUAGGGGAAUUAUGUUACUGAGCUAAACUGAGCUAUCAGGGAAAACCAGUUAAAUUUUGGAGAUAGGCUGAGUUUAUGAACACACUUUGAAUUUCAUAUGGAAAUAGACCUCAGAAGGGCAGAGUGUAGAUGAAGUGGAGAACUGGCAUGCUCAAAAAUCAAGAAACAAACUGAUGUUAGUAUCACAGUGUUGGGUUAUAUGACUUACUGUAGGAUGGUACUUUGAAUCAGUUUCCUUUAUUUGGCAUAAGUUUUGAGUUAGUUACCAUUUCUGUUCUGGCUGUCACAUGUAGCCUGUGAUUUAAUAGGUAUAAGUCUAGUAGCAUUCAUGUGAUUCAUAAACUGUUAUGCAUUUUUCCCUGUCUAAUCAACAAUUUCAUUAAUGUUGUAUUUUGUUUUACAUUAUCAUUUCAGGGCAUGAUUUCUCAGGGAAAUAUGGAUGAUAGCAUAUGUUGUCAGAGCCAAUAACUAAUUCCUGCUUUUAAAAUACCUACAAACAUUUCCAGGUUUCAUUCAAACAUUUCACAUCAUGUAACUUCCAUGUUGAAUUUUUUUAGGCUUAUCAGGUAAAUCACUAUGAGAAUGUUAAGAUCAUUUAAAGAUGUCAAUAAAAUGUACUCUGCCCAACACUUUGUUACUUUUUGGAGAAACAUCCAUUCUAAUGUGAUGAAAUGUGUGUGAUUUUCUAUUUAAUUGUCCUCUUCACCAUAGAAAUGAAUAGUUACUCUGCUGAUUUUGAAGCUGCACUUCUGACCUGACAGUGACAUUAACUUUCAGGGUUAGGCAGUGCUGUAAUAAUACAUAAUCUGAUUCUGGGAUAGAUCAGUAUAAAUCUCUAACAUAAAUAUAUUAAUUUACAUCAUUAAUUUUUAAAAAAGUCUCAUCACUUUGGGGGAUUUUUUUGUUUGUUUUUCCAGUAAAGUUACUUUGUCCAGAAUGGGAGCUGAUCCAAAGCCCACAAGAGUCAUAGACAGCAUUAAUAAAGUAAAACUUUAUUGAAAAGAACUCUGCAGUCAGGUUGACCUUUAUGCCUUUGCAGUAUUUCUGUCUGCAGCAUGUAAUUGGAAUGGUUUGCUUUAAGGCUUCAGUAAUAAAAAUGGAGGGUAAGGAUGGUAAACACACUACCGUUACUGAUCACAAAAGCUAUUUCCACCUAGCCAGUAUGCAGCUUAAUUAUUUGGAAGGUGAAUUUGUCUUGCCACAUGACUUUUGUUUAAAAUCAGCAGCAUGAGGAAUAUUAACCCCUGCACUUUGCUGUAUAUUUCUUUUGUCCGCGAGAAGGUGAUCAUAGUCAUCAGCCUUGAGCAUCAGCUUCCUCUUGAUGAUUUCUGCUUUGACAUUUCCAUUUCCAUGCCCUGUUGCAUUCAUUGCAAAGUGAAUUUCCUCUCUAGCUAAAGCCAGUGUAAUUGUAUUUUGACUGCCCUAGUCCUCUGUGGUGUUAGGAAUCUGACAUAAAACGUAAAUCUGACAUGUAAUGUGACUACUUAGAGAUCUGUGUUCUCACUCUUGUCAUUACAUCUGGUGUUAGUAGGUAACCAGACUUUUUCUGGAUAUGCCUGUCAUGAUGUGGAAUGCAUCCAGAAUUCCAUCUGGCUUUCACUUUCUACUUUUAAAAAGCAUAAAGGGCUUUUCUCUGAGGAUUUUUGUACAAAGCAGCUGUUUAGUUCUGCAAGUUCAGAGUCCUUUAACUGCUCCUCAAUUUAUGAAGUUGCAUCUAAUAUUCCCUUUCUUUUAUUAAUGAACUUCAUAAGGUUUUUUAGGAAAGGUGCACAAAUUUUCUUUGUUUUACAGAAGAAAUAUGACUGGAUACUGAAAUGGCUUCAGAAAUAAAAAUUCAGGGCUGUUUAUUCUAUAGUUCUUCACAUGUGUUCCUGAUUUUUUUACUCACUUUUUUUUAAGAAACCCAACCAAAUAAAACCAAUGAAGCCUCCAUACUUAUCAAGCUGAGGGAAAUUAGUCAUUUAGCACAGAACUAACUUUAUUUUAUGCAAAUGUAUUUUUAUCAAUGAUACCAGUCAAUUUGUUACUGAUGUGGCCAGUCCACAAGUCUUCCUUGUCUGUGUCACAGGUGAUGCUUCUCUUUUACCAAAAUCUGACCUCUUGCAUACCAGUUAAGUUGGUUCUACUGCCAGAAUGAGUAAUAUCUAAAACAUUUUAGAAUCUACUUUUUCCUCUAGCUAGGUAAGAACAGCAGCGGCUUUCCAACUGAUGUCACUUUCCUAUUGAAGAAGAAAAAACAAAACUAAAAAAAUUUAAGACAGAAAUCUUAAUAGAAAAAUCAAGAAUAUUAGUAGGGAAGUAGGAAGCAUAUGCUGUAAAAUCACUGGGGUAAUUUCUUGCAUAGCCCAGUUCUGCAUAGGAAGUGCUCGGCAGUAGUUUAUUGGUCUAUGGUUGGGUAUUUUAAAUGGUCAUUUCAUAUUGAAGCUGAAGGCUUAAGUUAAGCCCUGUGAUUGUUUUAAAAAAAUAAUAGAAAAAGAAAGUUAAAAUUGGAGACUUAGGAGGUACUUUCUGUUUGUGGUUUGGUGUUUUUGAAGUCCAUCCAAUGCAGUUACAAAGGAAUGCUCUGUCAAUUGGCACUCAAGGGAGGCUGGUUACACAAGGCCACAUGGAAAGUACAGCCAGGUGUGGAGCUGACAUCACCUGAAUGCAGUUAGAGAAAUGUACUGAGUAUGAGGUACAACUUCAGCAUUAUAGAGCUGAAGGGGCAUUUGUAAUGAUUUAAAUUCACAUAAAGUCUCUUUGGAGUAGAUAUUAGUAAAACAAAAUUGGUUUUGAAACCUUGAGUUAUGAAACCCCUGAAAUAUAAGUGCAUUAAAAAAUGCACAAAACCAGUUGUAGUUUUGGUGGUUGUUCUGGUGUUUCAUUUUGUACUGAGUUUCAGGGAAUUCUCAGUUACACUAUUCAAGUGGAAGCUGCUUUAACUGAAGAGCUUUCACCUGAAGAAAACUUUUUUUUUCCCUGAAGUCUGUACAGUUUGCUGAUAAUUCAGAUGUUCUGGGAGCAGAGGAAGUUCCAGAUAUCGAAGUAUCCUCUAUGAAACAUCUUUAUGCAUCAUCUUUUAACCAUUUUCCUUAGUGAAAGCAGACCGUGAAUUGCUGAUGUGUGUUGCAUUUGCACUUGAAAACCUGAUUUCAGAGUGUGUUAAACCUUGAUCUAUUUUUGAUAAAAAAGAAAUGUAGCAUUUUAAUCUGAUUUCCAUUUAAUGGCAAGGAUAUUCAUGCAGAGAAAAACAUAUAUCAGGGUUUGAUGCAGUGAUUUUUAAGCCAAGAAAACAGCAGGAUGGCAGUAGUAAAUCUGAAAUGGAGAUGCAUAUCUCUUCAGAAACUCUGGUUUCCUCCUGCCCUCUUUAUACCAAAUUGUGUCUCCAUUAUUCCAGGAUAAUACAGCUGAAGCAAGAACCAGAGCUUUUACUCUUUGUUCUCUAAAAGUGAACACUGGCUUUUGCCUGGGGAUAUUUGUCCUGUCACUUCAUUUUCUGAUGGGAGGUCAGUUAAAAAAUAGAGAAUAAGUAUUUUUAAUUAAAAUCAGAUUUAAGCUAUUAGUUAUUUUGAAAUUCUCUAUAUUAGUAGAGAUCUAAUGAAUGGAAAUUGAAGUACUUUAUUGCAAAUACUGAACAGUGCUUAUAUAUUUUUAACAAAACCAGUAUAUAGAUGAAUAUUUGAAACAUGCAUGAAGGUGCAGAUUGGAAAAUUGUUUUUAUGUUAAAAGGUUUAUAAAUUGAAAUUCUUAAUAUCCAGUACCAAAACCCUAUAAAAGGGCUAAUAAAAAGAAAAUGUAAUGUAUUCUGAUUAACAGCCUGUGUAAUACAAUCAAUGGGUGUGAUGUUUUUGUUCUGUAUUAUAUUUAUUAUAUGUAAGUAAACAAUAAAGAUUAUAAAUCUUA